AUCCCCUCAUGGGUCCAGCCCAGCGAAGUUCCUCCGAUUUACAUUGUCGCAUACAGUGGUUCCACGUCUUCUUAACUUUUUUGACGACGCUGUCCGUCAAACCGAUUAACUGUAUAUAAGCAAGGGAUAUUAUCUGUUUCAUCGUUGACUCUUCAAGCUCUACCCGGGACAAGCGGGUACGCGCGGAGUGUUUUUUUGCCGACAACAUGCGCUCCAUUUUGGGGUUAGUCGUAUUGGUCGUCAGCGCAACUUUAUAUCUGUACCUCUUGACUGCUUUCCUGCCGCCGGGUCCGCGACACGAGCGCCGAGAUGAAGAGGGGAAAACAAUUGCGAACGAGUUUGGGGAAGUGGAGAUGGAAGAAGACAGAAUUCAUUUCCCCUCCGAUUUGGAAGAGCUGAGGGACCUGGCCGCUCUGCUGAACUUCUACAAGAACGAGCACAAGGCCUACGUGAUUCUGCUCUUCUGCAGUGCCUACCUCUACAAGCAGUCCUUCGCAAUACCUGGCUCCUCCUUCCUGAACAUGCUGGCGGGGGCGAUCUUUGGUACCCGGGAUGGCCUCCUGAUUGCCUGUGCCAUGUCCACUAUAGGCUCCACCUUCUGCUACCUACUAUCCCACAACUUUGGCAAAAAGCAUGUAGUUCGCCUGUUCCCAGACAAGGUGGCCAUGCUGCAGAAACUGUGUGAUGAGAACAAGAGUAGUAUAUUCUUCUUCCUGUUGUUCCUGCGGUUCUUCCCCAUGACUCCCAACUGGUUCUUGAACAUCACCUCCCCCAUCCUCAACAUCCCCAUCCCCAUCUUCUUCUUCUCUGCCUUCAUCGGUCUGAUUCCAUACAACUUCAUCUGCGUGCGUACGGGCAGCAUCCUGUCCCAGAUCACCUCUCUGGACGACAUCUUCUCCUGGGGCACGCUGCUGCAGCUCCUGAUCAUCGCGCUGGUGGCCCUGCUGCCCGGCAUCCUCAUCAAGCGCUACGGCAAGGGACACCUCAAGCUGGACGGCCUGGAGCCGAACGGACAUCAAGCCAGCGCUACUAGUGCUGCUGCAGCUACUGCUAAUGACCGCAAAACCAGAUGACCACCAAAGGGGCGGCGCCAACAAUGACUCUGAGAGCUGACUGGACUGGACUAGACUGGACUGGCCAACAGAAACGUUUGUAAGGACUUCUUGCUAGGUCCAGUAAUAUUAGGAAGCACCAGCAGGAGGGAUGUGAUGAGUGUGUUCUUAUCAAGAUUGUUUGAUAAUGAUGUGAUUAUACAUUAUUGAUUGUUUUUGAUUGAUGAUCAAUAUUUGUAAUGUUAUUCUUAUACUGUACACUCAAGGUACAAAAAGAAAGAGAUAUCUACUGUGGGAUAAACGACUAAUCGUUAGGGAGCCUUGAAGCGUACAAGGAAGUUCUGAUAUGCUGUCUGUUUAUCAUUUAACCCAUUUAAGCCUUGGCAUCUGCUAAAAACGCUGAAUGCCUAAGCCCUUUUUGGAAAAAAGGUGCCCUCAGCCUAUAAAAACGUAAACAUUUCAGCCUUUGAAGCACAUAAAAACAUAAAAUGAGUUGCAUUUAAAAGCUAGGACCCUCAUUUUGCAUUAGAAUAUGUUCAUUCAGCUCUGACGCACCCACAUUUUUAAUUUAAAAAAAAUUCCCUAAAAUCUCAAAAGCCUGAAUGUGGCGUUCAUGCAGCUCCAGGUGCCUAGGUCAUUGCAGCGUAUAUGCAGCAUCAGGCUUGAAUGGGUUUAGACGUGUAUGGGUGUUGAACUGCUCAAGGCUGCAGUAUCCAAUACACCUCCACUGCCCCCCAAUGGUGGGCCUUUGUAGAGCAAGGAGAAGUUUUUAGUAUUAGUCUUAAAAAAGCUGACUGCUUGUUUGCUUGUGAAAUGUACUGUAUGUUAACACUGAAGCCUUAAUUCUCAAUAUGUGCAACGACCAGUGUCAUCACACACACACACACACACACACACACACACACACACACACACACACACACACACACACACACACACACACACACACACACACACACGCACACAUGCUUAAGUGCGCACACACACACGGGCAUGCACGCACGCAUGCACACAUACACACUCACACAUACUGUACUUACAGGAAUAACUGCACACUUAGGGAAAUUGGCAGCUUG